AUGUCCGUGAUGCUCUCCUUGACGACUGCGAACGCUGAUGGUGACCACGAGGCGAUCGGAGAGGAUGUCUGGAAGCUGCCGUUGUUCGAUGCGCAUGUGCACUACAAGGAACCGGCGUGGGAUCGAUAUCCGGUCAAGAGCAUUGUCGAGCUCAUGGACCAGAACGGUGUUGCCAUGGCGCUGGUCUCUUCGACACCCGAUGAGGGCACGGUCAUGUUGUGGGAAUAUGCACCCAACCGGAUCGUCCCGGAGUUGCGCCCCUAUCACGGUGCUGCCGGAUCUUCCAACUGGACCAAGAUGGAUGGCAUGGACAGCUAUCUGGAAGAGCGACUUGAAAGCUAUCCGCAUGAAGGCAUUGGUGAAUUUCACAUCCGCCAGCUCGAUACCUCGGACGAGGCACUUUUCCGGAAGAUCAUUGCGAUGGCGAAGGAACGGGACAUCUAUCUUCAUGUUCAUUCCGGCACUGAGCCGAUCCGCUGGCUCUACGGACUGGACCCCGAAGUGAAGAUCAUCUGGGCGCAUGCGGGUCUUGGAUCACCUGCGCCGGAGGUCUAUGCGUUGAUGGAUGAAUUUCCGGAACUGCUCGCCGACACAUCCCUGCGCGAGUACAAUAUUCUGGGUCGCGGUGAGACGCUCGAUCCGCAAUGGCUUGAAAUCAUUUUCGAUUUUCAGGACAGGUUGAUGAUCGGCAGCGAUACCUGGGUCAACAGCCAAUGGGACAGCUAUUCCGAGAUCAUGACAACGAACCGGCUCUGGCUGUCAAAACUGCCGCGGGAAGUCGCCGAGAAGAUCGCCUACAAGAAUGCCGAAAGGUAUUUCGGUCGCGAAAUCACGAUGGAUCAGAUCGGCACGAAAUAG